GCGCUGGGCGCGCGGCAGCGCGAGGGGCGCGGGGAGCUGGAGCUGCUCCGCGCCUUCGAGAAGAGGCGGCAGGCCGCGGACCUGGGGCGGCACCUCGGCCACGCCUUCCUGUUUAGCUCCCAGCUCGGGCCCAGCCAGCCGCGCCGUGCGGAGGACGCACCCGCCGAGUUGGCGGCCGCCCUGAGGGGCAGCUUCGGUCUCGACUGCUGCGAGCGCCUGGGCAUGAGCGACCCGGACGCGCUCAGGCGCCGCUUCGAGGGUUGCGUCUCUGGCGCGGGCAGGCUGCUGUGGAGCGGCGUCUUCGGCGGUGCCCGGGCGGCGCGCCCGCGCGCCGCGGCGCGGCGGGGCCCAGCGGCGCUCCCCACGCGCCUGGAGCUGUGCGCCGGCAGCGGCGAGUGGGCCGUGGCGCAGGCCCGCGCGGAGGUGGGCGUCGCCAACUGGGUCGCCGUGGAGAUCAUGCGUGACCGCGUGUUCGACAUCUUCACGCAGAUGGUGUUCCACUGCGUGCCGAACUUGUGCGUGGUCGGCGGCGACGCGUCCGACCUCCUCACGCGCCGCGUCGAGAGCUGCUCGGUGGCUGAUGUCUUCAUCAAUUUCCCGGAGCCGCCCCACGUCACUGGCUGCGAGGACGCCGAGUCCAGCCUCCACCUGCUCACCGGCGGCUUCCUGCGGGAGGUGCACCGGGUCCUGGUGCCCGACGGCCGCCUCGUCAUCCUGUCGGACAACUGGCGCUACUGCCGCACGCUGGCCGCAGACCUGGCGGGCCUCCGCGGCGAGCGGAGCGCGGCGCGGCUGUUCCGGUCUUUGCAAGGAGGUGACCAGCUUGGUGAGUUCGAGGACGUCGAGGGCGUCGCCCUCCACCACGGCGUGCCUGGGCCCGAGCACGGCCACGCCGCCCAGGUGCCGUCGCGCUUCGACAGCCGGUGGCAGGGCGACGCGCGCACCGAGCGCUUCUUCCUUGCGCUGGCUCGCGCGCGGUGA